AUGCCAUCUUCAUGCAAAGACAUCCGUGCUGCGCUAGCCGAAUGCCUCCAACAAAGCGACUGUAUCAUGGUCCAACGCCACAGUGCCGCCGAUUGCCUUCGCCCGCCGCUCGUGGACACCCUUCCAACACGAUGCCAGCAACUGAAGAAAGGCUACGGAGAGUGCAAGCGCGGUCUGAUCGAUAUGCGCAAGCGCUUCCGAGGCAACAAGCCUGUCGCUUCUAGUGUCGAGAUCGAAGCCGGCGCCGACAACCCGAGCAGACAGCUUUAUGCUGGUAAGAGCGCUUUCGGUGAUAUCAAAACCACCGAGGGCAAGGACUCUCCCGAGGAAGACUCAUAA